AAGUUAAAAUCCUAGAAACACAUUAUCCUUUUGAAGCUUAUAAAUUAAUAAUCCAACAAGAUUUGAUUUUCUAUUAUAUCUCAUUGAUCUCAAAUAGUCCUAUUGUAUUAUUAUGGAAGCCAUAUAUAUUGCAUAGUUCUCUCAAAUGUCCCCACUAUACUAAUUUCAUUGAUCACCUCACAAAAAUAUUUCAAAAAUAGUUGACUUUUUGUGACCAAAGUUUGACCGACAUCAAAGAUUUCUUGUUUUGUUUGAGUUGUUUCCACCUUUUUUGAAAAAAAAACAAAAAAAAAAUCAAAACAAACCACACAAACAAAACACAACUCACUUUCCUAAACCUUCAAAAACAAAAAACCGUAACAUUCUCUUCCUCUUUUACCCUUCUUCUUGUUCCUUUUAUCUCUGCAACUCCAAAAUUCAAAUUCCCAGAAAUUCAAUCAAAAUGAACCAAAACAAUAACACCAUGAAAAACUCUUCAAACCCAGAAAAUAAACCCCAUGAAAAUCACCUCUUUCGCUUAAUAAAAUCCACUUUACUUCUCUCUCUCCUCUUAUUUAUUUCCAUGUUUGCCCUCACCGCCUUACUCACCUCUCUCCCUCCUUCCCAAACUCGCAUAUUCUCCUCUCUCUCCGCUGUCAUCCCUUCUUCUUCUUCCUUUUAUUCAUCACAUUAUUCCUGUAAUUUAUCUAGCCCGGACCCUGGCCCGACCCGGCUGACCCAUAUAAUGUUCGGGCUUGGUGGGUCUUCCAAGACAUGGGAGGCCCGAAGAGAGUACUCCCAGCUAUGGUGGGACCCCAACACUACUCGUGGGUUCGUCUGGUUGGAUGAUCAUCCUCCUAUGAUCACCCCGGGAAGCUUUCCUCCGUACCGGGUUUCGAGUCGGGCCGAAUUCCAGUUCGGCCCGACUAGAAAUGACCAUUCGAACUCCGAUCGAAUGGCCCGGAUACUGAAGGAAAGCUUCGAUGUCGGACUUCCCGGGGUGAGGUGGUUCGUGAUGGGGGACGACGACACGGUGUUCUUCACGGAUAACCUGGUGAAGGUGCUGUCCAAGUAUGAUCACCGCGAAAUGUACUAUAUCGGGGGAUCGAGCGAGAGUGUCGAGCAAAAUGUGAUGCAUGGGUAUGGAACUGCGUUUGGUGGGGGUGGUUUUGCGGUGAGCUAUGGUUUAGCUUGUGAAUUGGUGAGGAUUUUAGAUGGGUGUAUUAAGAGAUAUCAUAAUUUUUAUGGGUCUGAUGAGAAAGUUUCUGCUUGUGUUGCUGAACUUGGUGUUCCUCUAACUAAAGAACCUGGCUUUCAUCAGCUUGACAUUAGAGGAGACGUCUAUGGUCUUUUAGCUGCUCAUCCUGUGGCUCCAUUGGUGUCACUACACCAUCUUCUUGGUGCAAAACCCUUGUUUCCUGGUGAAAAUCAGUUGGACUCUCUAAGAAAGCUGUUGCAUGCGUACCAUGCUGAUCCUGGUCUUACCAUUCAGCAGAGUUUCUGCUAUGAUCACAGCCGUAAAUGGUCAGUAUCUGUAUCGUGGGGCUAUACCGUGCAGUUAUAUCCUUCCCUUAUUUCAUCCAAGGUCCUUAGUAUACCUCUGCAGACAUUUCGUACCUGGCGCAGUUCCAGCGAUGGACCUUUUGUGUUCAAUACCCGUCCCAUGAAGGAUGAUCCUUGUGAGAGGCCUAUCAUUUAUUUCCUAGACCAAGUUAAGGAAGUUGGUGAAGGUGAAACUGUAAGUACUUAUAAGAGGGCUACUGCCGCUGAUGGAAAAGAAUGUGAGCAACCAGCUUACAAGAAUGCACUGUCAGUGGAUAAUAUAACAAUUUCUGCUUCAAAGACGGGCCCUGAGAAGUGGAUGAAGGCACCACGAAGGGAGUGCUGCCAGAUUAGAAACAGCCCGACUGUGUACAGUAACAUGCGAAUAAUGAUUAGAAGCUGUAAGCCAAGGGAAACCAUCACUAUGUGAAGGACCUGAAGGCUGAAUGGUUUUUUCCACUUAGUCAAAGAUAUGAUUAUAUGAAAUGCAAUCAUGCCAUGCGAAUGGAGAUACUAAAUUCGAAUCUGGAUGACUGCCUUCCUGCAUUAAUAAGCAGUGAAGGGCUUGCCAUAUGCUCUCUCCAUCAGAACACUAUGUUUUUAUUCUGUGCUCAUUGGAGUUUUGAAUCUGUCAAUGAUAAAUGGAUUGUCUGCACCUUAACUCGAAAGAAAACUGAAACUGAUGUAGAGAAUGCAUUAGUGGGAGCAGGAUACUAUGAUAUUCUGAUAAUGUCAAUAUAUAUGGGUCAGAUUAUGGCAGGAAAAGCUGAUGCAUUGAUUCCAAAAGAAACUAACUAGCCCUUGCAUUACGAAAUACUUCAUGUUUCUACAUCAGUGCAAUUUUUAGUCAGUGUUGUUGAACACCGAUGUCAUGUCCUGGCGUCCUGCUAUUCAGGAUUCAGAUCACAGCCCCUCUUAGAUCAAAUUUUUAAACAUUUUCAUGCUAGAAAGCAAAUGGAUUUCUGGCCCGAUAACUAGAUGAUUGUGGAUACAACUGAAAUCUCAUGGGAUAGUAGAAAAGAACAAAUUAAAAUGGUGGAUCUAAUGGUAAUCCUUUGAA